UAAUUGUGCAAUAAAUAACUACAAAAUCAAAAAUAAUUUGUUAAUCAACAACCUAAGGAAAACGAAACUAAACUUUAGUUUCUUAAAUUUUUCUUCAUAAAUUAAACAAAAAAUUCAAAAAGAAAUCUCAACUUUUCGCUACUAAAUCGUGUAACGAUAUUUAAAGAAUAACAAAAACAUAUAAUUUUCUUUUGCAAAGCGGUUAAUAAAAACAAAAUCAAAAUUUUUGUCACAAUGAGUGUGUGUGAUAAUAACAACUCGGUUGUUCAACAACAUCAGCAGCAAAUUCCGCCACAGCAUCUGCAAGCGGUUCCACAACAUCAGCUCCAACAACAGCAGCAAACCCAACAGCAAAGUACACAAAGUAUUGCUGAUUAUUUGGCUCAGCUACUUAAGGAUCGUAAACAGUUGGCUGCAUUCCCAAAUGUUUUCAAUCAUGUCGAACGUUUACUUGACGAAGAAAUUGCCCGUGUUCGUGCCUCACUAUUUCAAAUAAAUGGCGUUAAAAAAGAACCAUUAAUGUUGCCAGAACCAGAAGGAACACCGGUUACAUUAAAUGAAAAAGUCUAUGUACCUGUCAGAGAACACCCAGAUUUUAAUUUCGUGGGUAGAAUUUUAGGCCCUCGUGGCAUGACCGCCAAACAGUUGGAACAAGAAACAGGCUGUAAAAUUAUGGUCAGAGGCAAAGGAUCAAUGAGAGAUAAAAAGAAGGAAGAUGCUAACAGAGGCAAACCCAAUUGGGAACAUUUAUCAGAUGAAUUACACGUCUUGAUUACCGUCGAAGAUACAGAAAACCGUGCCAAACUCAAAUUAAGUCAAGCCGUUGGCGAAGUACAAAAACUACUCAUACCGCAAGCGGAAGGCGAAGAUGAGCUUAAGAAACGUCAACUGAUGGAAUUAGCAAUAAUUAAUGGCACUUAUAGGGAUACUACAGCCGUCAAAAAUGCAGCUCAAGGUAUGUUGUUUUGUGAUGAAGAUUGGCGUCGUGUUGUAGCCGCCGCCUCGGCCGAUAAUCGUCUCUUGAAUCCUGCCGGUAUUCCUGGUUUAGCUCAACAGAUGCGCGCCCCCACAUCCGCCCCUCUGGGCGCUCCUUUAAUACUGUCACAGCGCAUGACGGUGCCCACAUCAGCGGCGAGCAUAUUAUCGGGUACUGCGACACCUGCUAACGCAUUUGAAAAUCAGGCUCAUGGCAUGAUUUUCGCUCCAUACGCCGAUUACAAUCUCUACAACACCGCUCUCACUGGAAAUCCUUUGCUGACGGAAUACGCAGAUCAUAGCGUAGGAGCCAUUAAACAACGACGUUUGGCGGCUAACCGUGAACAUCCAUAUCAGAGAGCUGCUGUGGGGGUCCCAACUAAGCCAGGCUUUAUAGAGAUCUAAUUAAAUAAAACCGUGAUUUCUCUGUGAAAAAACAUAAGCAAACAAAAAAAAAAAAACAUUAAAGUGAAUUUCAUUUUUAUUUUUUAAAUUAAUUUUACCCUCUAAACAUAAUUAUUGUUUAAUUUUUCUUGGCAAACAAAACAAAAAAAAACUUAAUUUUGUUUUUCUAAUUGAGCUAAAGUUAUUAAUCUCUAUUCUUUUUCAUUUAUAAGUUUAAAAUCAAAUAUCAAUUGUGUUAUAUUUUAUAGUUUAACAAAAAACGAACAAAUCUUUUAUUUUCUUUUAAAAUUUCAUUUAAACUAAAUAAUUCAAUUCAAAUAAAAGCCUGUCUUUAGAAGGGGCCCCCUUUGGGGCAUAUUGCUUGUUGAAUCCAAAUAGUUAAAUAUCUCUGAUGUGUUGUAAUGACUUUGUAUGCAUUAAAAACAAACAAACUAUUUAACAAUUUUCUUAAAAAUACAUUUUACAGCUUAAAACAGGUAGAUGACUAAAAGUAAUAAAGAAAAAAAUCCUGUUUAAGCUGCAACUUCUCUAAAUUUCUCAAACA